AUGACCGACAGAUACUCGUUUUCGCUUACAACAUUUUCCCCAAGCGGCAAACUGGGCCAAAUAGACUAUGCAUUGACCGCCGUCAAACAAGGUGUAACCUCACUGGGAAUAAGGGCAACCAAUGGUGUAAUUAUUGCCACUGAAAAGAAAGCCGCGUCCUCUCUAGCAUUGUCAGAUAGCCUGUCCAAAAUAGCGCACAUAACCCCGGACAUUGGUGCAGCGUACUCAGGCAUGGGUCCAGACUUCAGGGUGCUCAUUGACAGGUCUAGAAAAGUCGCCCACACCAAUUAUCACCGUAUCUACAACGAGUACCCACCGACCAAAAUGCUGGUUGCAGAGGUGGCCAAAAUCAUGCAGGAAGCCACCCAGUCCGGUGGUGUAAGACCAUUCGGCGUAUCACUUUUAGUUGCAGGCCAUGAUGAACAUAACGGCUACACUUUAUACCAAGUGGAUCCCUCUGGAUCUUAUUUCCCAUGGAAGGCCACUGCCAUCGGCAAAGGCUCCACAGCUGCGAAGACAUUUUUGGAGAAAAGAUGGAACGAUGAACUGGAACUCGAAGACGCCAUUCAUAUUGCACUUUUAACCCUCAAAGAAUCAGUAGAGGGCGAGUUUAACGGCGAUACGAUAGAGAUUGCAGUAGUUGGUGAAGAAAAUCAACAGCUACUAGGGUUCACGGGGGACCCCUCCGUAAAGGGUCCAAGGUUCCGCAAGCUAACAGCACAAGAAAUCAACGAUAGGUUGGAGGCUCUAUAA